GCACGUAGCGGGCCGGCAGUCGGUUCUUUCCCAGCCUCCUUUCCUUCCCCCCCCAACCCCUCCACCUCCCCACCUCCUUCCCGGUCGGGCCGGAUGGUUUCCCGGCCUGCCCCGCGCAGGCGUUGACGUCCGCACAGCUUCGUCCCCGCUGCCGCUGCCGCCAUUGGAGUCGGCGCUUCCUCAGUCCAUUCCCAUCUUGAGCUCCGAGUCGCUGCCUCCUCAGCCUUUCCUCUUCCUCGUCCUCCUUUGCUGUUUUGCCCCAGCUCCGGGAGCCUGCUGCCGCGAGGGAGAAGCUGCCCGGGCGGAGGGUGGGUGGGAGGGUGGGACAGGGUGGGGGGUCAGUGGGCAGGCGGGCGGUAAGGAGCGGGAAGUGACAGGGCCCCCCACCCCACCCCACCCCGGCCGGAGACCGAGCCCCGGCGGGCGCAGUCCUCGGCGCCGCGCUGCCCUUCGCUGCUCCGCGCAGGACCCGGCCCGACUCGACCCGACCCUCGGCGCCCCCGCCUCCUGCACCCGGGGACAGCCCGACGCCUCCCUUCUCCCCCUCCCCUCCCUUCCCCCUCCCCCUCCCACCCCCUGGGCCUGGUUCAUGAAUUAUGUCGGCCACCAGCGUAGACCCUCAGAGAACAAAAGGACAAGAUAAUAAAGUACAAAAUGGUUCGUUGCAUCAGAAGGAUACAGUGCAUGACAAUGACUUUGAACCCUACCUUUCUGGACAGUCAAAUCAGUACUUUCAGGUUUACCAAGCCAUCUCCUUACUACAACUCUUUGAGAAUAAUAGCUAUCCCUCAAUGACUGAUCCCUACCUUUCCAGUUACUAUCCACCAUCUAUUGGAUUUCCUUACUCACUCAGUGAAGCACCAUGGUCUACUGGUGGUGAUCCACCUAUUCCAUAUCUCACCACCUAUGGACAGCUUAGUAAUGGCGACCAUCAUUUCAUGCAUGAUGCUGUUUUUGGACAACCUGGGGGUCUGGGAAACAAUAUCUAUCAACACAGGUUUAAUUUUUUCCCAGAAAACCCUGCAUUUUCAGCAUGGGGAACAAGUGGAUCCCAAGGACAACAAACUCAAAGUUCAGCUUAUGGAAGCAGUUAUAGCUACCCACCCAGUUCUUUGGGUGGUACUAUUGUUGAUGGACAGACAGGAUUUCAUAAUGACACUUUAAAUAAAGCACCUGGAAUGAAUAGCAUUGAGCAGGGAAUGGUUGGACUUAAGAUUGGUGGAGAUGUGACAACAUCUGCAGUUAAGACGGUAGGAUCUGUUAACAGUGCUGUAAUGACUGGUGCUCUUUCUGGUAAUGGUGGAUCAAGUGUAAACUUACCAGUUUCAAAACCAACAUCUUGGGCUGCCAUUGCCAGCAAACCUGCAAAACCACAACCUAAAAUGAAAACAAAAAGUGGACCUAUAAUUGGAGGUGCUUUACCUCCACCACCUAUAAAACAUAAUAUGGACAUUGGUACUUGGGAUAAUAAGGGGCCUGUGAGCAAGGCUCCCGCUCCCCAACAGAUUCCAUCACCUCAGUCUCUCCCACAGCCACAACAACAGAUUGUUCAGCCUAUUCCAACUCAGCCUCCUCCUUUGGCCCAGACACAAUAUCAGAACCCUCAGCAACCACCCCCAAACCGCUGGGUAGCCCCUCGAAACCGAAAUGCAGCUUUUGGACAAAGUGGAGGAACCAGUAGCGAUAGCAACUCUACUGGAAAUGCCCAAACUAAUUCUGUUCCAGGUGGAGAAUCACACCCUGUACUUGAAAAACUGAAAGCUGCCCAUAGUUAUAACCCUAAAGAAUUUGAUUGGAAUCUUAAAAAUGGACGUGUGUUCAUAAUAAAGAGCUAUUCUGAGGAUGAUAUUCAUCGUUCCAUUAAAUACUCCAUUUGGUGUAGCACAGAACAUGGAAACAAACGUUUGGACAGUGCUUUUCGCUCUAUGAACAGUAAGGGUCCUGUCUAUUUGCUCUUCAGUGUCAAUGGUAGUGGACAUUUUUGUGGAGUAGCAGAGAUGAAGUCACCUGUGGACUAUGGCACUAGUGCUGGUGUCUGGUCUCAGGACAAAUGGAAGGGGAAAUUUGAUGUCAAGUGGAUCUUUGUCAAGGAUGUGCCCAACAACCAACUUCGACACAUCAGGCUGGAGAAUAAUGACAACAAACCAGUUACAAACUCCCGUGACACACAGGAGGUACCCUUAGAAAAAGCUAAACAAGUGCUUAAAAUUAUUUCCACUUACAAGCACACAACCUCCAUCUUUGAUGAUUUUUCUCAUUAUGAAAAGCGCCAAGAAGAAGAAGAAGUAGUGCGCAAGCAACUCAGAUACCAUCUAAGUUACAGAGCAGUUGUGAUCUGCAUCAGUGGAGGGCAUAUCCACACCGAUGAAAUUACAGAUACUUGAAGUAUUAAAGUACAAGUCAUGAAAAUAGAAAAGUCAAGGAAAUGUCAGGAACGGCAGAAUCGAAACAAACAAUAAGAAUAAAGAUAAACUAGAACUGUUUACGAACUCAACUUUGAAAAACAGACUAAAAAAUGCUGGUGCUGUAUCUAGGCAUCAGGACUGAUUAAAGCUUUCAGCUCCAAUGCAUCUUCUCAUGCAGGGGAAAUUAAGUUGUUGCAUUUAGUUACUUUGUAGCUUUUUUUCCCAGGUGGAUCUGCAUUAAUUUGUAUUUUUUCUAUGUAUAAUGCUCUAGAACCCAUUAAUAAAGUUGUAUUUUUUUUAAGUCAGCUAUUAAUCAGACUGACCUAAUAAACUAUAAGAUAAGCAUCCUUAAAAAACAAAGAAGACAAGCCUGAUGCUUCCCAAAUAAUUUUUUUUUUUAGUUUUGGCACAAAUUAUGUUCCUUUUCUUAUAUUCACAGUAAUUUUAUGUAUCUAUACAUAUGAGCCUUCGUGUACUCCCCUUUCAUGGUUUUAUGGCAAAAUAGCAAACCAUGCAAUGUUUUGUCAUGUAAAACAUUCCAUUAAAAUACUUUCUUUUAAAAAUAGUGAAAUCAAAAGGUAAAUCAGAUCAGUUUUUGCAAAUGUUAUGCCAUUUAUUUUGUCUGUGAUUAUACUUCUAAAAAGCCAGGAUUAUCAGUUUGAUUUUCUACUAAAUGGGGAAAAAUUAAAUUUUCAGUUUUUACAUGCUGUGGAAAAAUUGUUUAGAUUUCUUUAAUACAAACAAAACAAUCCCUUUAAAGUUAUGUUAACCAGAGCUUUUUGAGUUCAUUUGUUAUACCAUAUCCUGCAGAGAGUAUUACUUUCUCACAGCCAUAAUUGCUUUAUUGUUUAUAUAGCUUAAUAAUAAUAAUAAUAAUGAUAAUAAUAAUGUGAUGCUAUCAAUAAUGCAGGGUUUUUGAAAAUGUGUUUUAAACCUGGUUCAGCUUUCAGGUGUUCUUAGUUUAUUGCAGACAUUUUUAAUUUUUCCCUUAUUCCUUACUUGAGACUCCCAAUUCCAUUUUAAGUUUUUAUACCAAUAAUGCUGAGCUUUAAUGUAGGAACUAAUAGGAUGGAAAGUAUGAUGGAUUAUGCCUCAACUGUUUAAAAUUGACAGUGUAUAUGUCUAAUUUUUUUUGUUGUUGGAUGAGUAAAAGAAAAACUUUUAAAAACUCAA